AUGGCCAAGGAUUUAAUGCUCACCGUCCUAAAAUCUGGCAAAACUGCUAAAGAGCUUUGGAAUCAUCUCAAGAAACUCUUUCAAGACAACAAAGGUAACCGCGCUGCGACUGUUGAACGUAAGUUUGUCAAUCUUAAGUUUAUUGAUUGCACUAGUAUUGAUGAUUACUGCGAUAAGCUCAAAUCCCUGUCCGAUCGAUUACUUGAUCUUGACUUUCCCAUGGAUGAUAAACGCCUUGUGAUUCAACUUGUCAACGGCCUUCCGGAGGAAUACAACACGGUAGCCUCUUUUAUCCAACAAUCAAUGCCGACGUUUGAUGCCGCUCGAUCCCAGCUGCGUACCGAAGAGAUUCGACGCUCCCAACAACAAUCUCAGUAUGCACCUACUGCUCUUGCCGCUGCAGCUCCACCCACAGACCGCAGCAACCAGCGCUCACAGCGUGGUGGUCAUGCCAGACGCGGUGGCCAUCGCUCAUCUUCUCCAGCCACCGAACCGCCCCUGCUGCCAACACCUACGCCCCCCUACCAGCUCUACGGUGCACCUCAUCCUACGUACAACAUCCACUGUCCACCACAAUGGGCAGUGCCACCUUGUCCGUACCCUACAGCACCUCCGGCAACACAUUGGCAGCCACCUUCCAGCCGCGGUUCCUUCCAAGGUCGUGGCCGUACUGGUCAGUCACGCGGUCGAACCUCUGGCGUUGGACGUGCAUAG